AUGACAAUAUUUCGACUGGUUCGUGCAUCCAUUCAGCUGAAUCAAUUUAUAGUAUUUGGUGACACAAAUUCUAAAAUCAAGCGACUCAAUAACAGUGGUACUUUCACAUACCGAUUUGUGCCAAAUAAUUACUAUGAAUCUAACUGUUCAUGUGGCCAAAGUGUUCAUUGUAAUCGUUCACAAGGUUUUUACUGUACCGCGACCGAAUGUAAAGUAUGGAAGAAUAGACCAAAUCAGACUAUACUCGGUUUAGUUGUAAGUUGUUUACCUAUCGACUCUCUUCUUCUAUCAACACUCGAGUGUUUCUACAACUCAUCAUGCAUUCAAAUGCUCAUCGAAUGGCGUUCAUUUGACACCACAGCCCAAUCAAACGAUUCGGGUUUCACUAACGUCACUCCACUCGAUCCAAUGCGUAACACUCGUUUUCCACCCACGAUCAAACUAGAAGACAUCGUCUCACAGCUAUUCAUCGAAAAGUGGAUCAACAAAACUAACUUCACCGCAUUCUAUCAGCAAUGUGCACCACUCACAUGUACUUAUACUUUUGAACAGCGUUUUAAUCGUGUGUUUAUUAUUGCAACAAUAUUUGGCAUCAUCGAUGGUCUUUCCCUUACUCUUACGAUACUCAUUCCGUUCAUUGUCAAACUAUGUCGAAAAGCCAAUCGUUGCUGUCAUCGACAUCCUAAUGACAUUCGACGAGAAGUCAUACUCAAUCUAUGCAUUUCUCGCCGAAAUAUUCUUCAAAAAUAUGCGAAGUUCAAAAACUAUGUGCAGACAUUGAACUUGCAUGACAAACGACGCUUUCGUCCCUCAUCAGAUCCUCCAACAAUAACAUCUGCUGAUAUCUUGUUGAUCGAACGACAGCGCUUCGCUACUCGUGUUUUUGUCAUUUUCUUCAUCAUCAUCCUUCUCAUUGUUAUCAACGUUAUUGCCUUCAAUGUAUCAGAGUAUUCGUUCACAAUUCCCUUUCCAUCCGAAUCAACCUUUGAAUCUCUCCAAAGAAAAUAUUCAUCCAAACUUUCUUGCCCAUGUUCACAAACUGCAGUUUCAUUUUCCGAAUUUCUCUCAAUCGAGCCAAAUGCAUAUCAUCAAAUAUGUUCAAGUGACUUUAUUUCAUUUCGCUUCUUGAAUAUUCUUUGGGGGUCCAAUAGAAGCGACGUGUAUUUUAAACUCAUUGAUGGUAAAGUGUUGAGUACGCAAUUUCGGCUGCUGGCAGCAUUAUGUUCUCUUGCAAAGAGCACCGUUAAGGAAAGGAUACGAACACUAUCGAAUCGAGAACUCGUCACUGUCGAGCCAUUAUCACGACACUCAUUCGAUGAUCAAAUUCACUCGGUUGUGAGCAAUUUUCGACGAGAAACGCCUCGUGAUUUUCGACGAACACAUGAAUAUGUCAAUGACAUGCUUCAUGCUAAUCAAUUUCAAAAUUUUCUCUUAACAAAUUGGAAUCUAGUAACAACAUCUGUUGGAGAGUUACACUAUCUAUCAACAAGUCCAGUUUCAGUAAAUGAAAGUGGCCAGUUCUGUUCAUGUGAGACUUCCUCGACAUGUACAAGGUCAAAGCUGCAGAAUAUGAACAACCAAGCAACAUUCGCCGGUCUUGUUGUCGGAUGUUUACCUGUUCAUGGCCUUCGACUUUCAACUCUCGAAUGUUUUUACAGUUCAGAAUGCUUGACAGAUUUAGCUGUAUUUGUCAAUAGUUCAUUUGUUCCGUCGCCCUUAAAUCAAUCGAUUCCAAGUCGUUUCACACCAAUCUCACCAACACCAAUCGGUACUCUGAUCGAUGAGUUGUUCAUCGAAUCAUGGCAGAAUUCGUCUAAUUAUUCGAGUUAUUACUCGAUAUGUGCACCAUCGAACUGUCGAUACACAUAUGUCGAAAGAAAUGAUUUUGUAUACACGUUGACUACGAUUCUUGGUUUAUAUGGUGGAUUGACUGAAGGGUUGCCUAUCGUUAUUUGGGGCAGUCUACAGGUAUAUUGGAAGAUUCGUGAGCGAAUCAAGAGACAUCGACGCAUUGUACCCAUAAAUAGUGACUGA